AUGACCCCCACUCCCAUAGGGGACCAGGGAGGACAGAGGGUACGGGGGAGGGGUAAGGUCCAACUUGAAAGAAGGAUAGUGAAGGGAAGGAGCAAGAGAGAGGGGAAAGAGAGUGAGUGAAAGGGGGGAGAUGAGAGUGAGAGAGAGUGAGAGGCACUGCGGGGAUCAAUUACAGAGGUUGUGAGUUAGCGUAUUUGCAGCCCUGGUAUGUGGGUUUAUUGCACUGGGACACAGUCGGGAGAAGCAGGGAGCUUAUUAAGCACCAGAGAAGAAGGAAAAAAAUAGAUGAGUAAACCUGGGGGCUUCCUCUCCUCCUCUCAUUCAUUUCUGCUUGUCAGGCACUUUCAGUUGCAGACCAUUAAAGUGAUGAGCAGAUGAACUUAAAGCAAUGAUAAUCGAGAGGAUAGACUGACUAGAGACACUUUAUAAAUAUCACUAUAGAGAGGCUGGACACAGCAUUGAACUGCAACACUGAUGAAACUGAUCACAAAUCAUCAUAGCUGAUGUCUUCUCACACCCAUUUAGAAGUCAUCACACAUCUUCACACUCAUUUAAGUGACUACUAGUAUGCACGACUCACCGCAAAUUAUCACAGCAGUGUAAAACUAAUUUAAAAUCCAUCACAGCGAUGCCACAGACAUCACACUGUCUUUCAGUACAGGACAAAACCCCUUAUAAUUCAUCAGACCUCCAGGAAACUCCAUUGAGACCAUCACCGACUAGGUUGCUCCAUAGGUUCAUGGACUCAUACUGUGGCAUUGUACACUCAUCAUCACAAUGACAAAUUCAUUACCCUGACGCUAACCCCUACAACUCAGUUGACUCCUGUCUAUGGACACUCAAAACAGCUCAUCAUAUGCUUCACUAGCUCAACAUCAUUCCCCAUUGUCCUCCACCAUUCACUGCCUGCCCACAAUGGACUAGAACCACUAAAUUGAUACUUGAUCAAGCACCUAAAAAACCCUAUUUACUUCUGGCAUCCAAUAAUGCCAUCUCAUCGCUGUGUUCCAUGCCCUCUACGCUCGGGUGAUUCAGCACUGUCUGUGUCUGUAGAGCCCCCCCUCCCAACGUGAUAUUAAUUCACCUUGAGCCCCUGUGUCUGUACAGCAAACAACUCCCCAAAGCUAGCAGAUGGGGAUGCAUACAGGAUUUGUGUGGGAAUGUGUUUUUUAAUGACUCCCUUCUGUACAGUCGGAUCAUUACCUAUCGAUCAGCUGAUUAUUUAACCCCUGGUUAUAUCGCCAGUCACCUGCAUCAUGGCUGGCACGCCCACUGAGGCACAGGUUAUAUGGCGGGAGGUCAAAGCUGUACAGGUGAGCAUGUAUACUAUCCAUAUGAAGGGUGUAAUUGAAGCCUUGGUUUAAUCAAGUCCCUCUCUGACCAUCCACUGAUUGCUAAAGGCCCAGCCAGGAUACAUAAAUGUGUUAAAGGGAUGGCGCUCACAGUCUGCCAACCCUGGCAAUCUAGAGUAAGGCUCCCUCUGGAUCUGUGGUUAACCCCACCGGCUGCUUACCAUUCAAUCAUUCCUCUCUUUUCAAUGCAGAUGUGGAUAUAAAGUGUGAGAAAUAAAGGAGAGGUUUUAACUGGUUGGCGUCGCAGAGUCACACCAGUAGGGCCAACUAGGCUGUGGAUGUGUAGUGUAAGCAUGAAGCCAUCACAUUUACUCUGUUAUUCCUGUGGAAACAGAUAGGCUAACAGUCAUAAAAAGGCAAUUAACAUUUUAAAUUUUUGUCAUUUAGCAGACGCUCUUAUCCAGAGCGACUUAGUUAGUGCAUCUUAAGAUAGCUAGGUGGGACAACCACAUAUCACAGUCAUAGUAAAUACACUAUAUAUACACAAAAGUAUGUGGACACCCCUUCGAAUUAGUGGAUUCGGCAAUUUCAGCCGCAGCCGUUGCUGACAGGUGUAUAAAAUCGAGCACACAGCCAUGUCAUCUCCAUAGACAAACAUCGGCAGUCGAAUGGCCUAACUGAAGAGCUGUGACUUUCAACGUGGCACCGUCAUAGGAUGCCACCUUUCCAACAAGUCAGUUCGUAAAAUUUCUGCCCUGCUAGAGCUGCCCCGGUCAACUGUAAGUGCUGUUAUUAUGAAGUGGAAACGUCUAGGAGCAACAACGGCACAGCCGCGAAGUGGUAGGCCACACAAGCUCACAGAACGGGACCGCCGAGUGCUGAAGCGCAUAGUGCGUAAAAUUGUCUGUUCUCGGUUGCAACACUUACUACCGAGUUCCAAACUGCCUCUGGAAGCAACGUCAGCACAAAAAGUGUUCAUCGGGAGCUUCAUUAAAUGGUUGUCCAUGGCCGUGUUCUCUGGAGUGAUGAAUCACACUUCACCAUCUGGCAGUCCGACGGACGAAUCUGGGUUUGGCGAAUGCCAGGAGAAUGCUACCUGCCCCAAUGCAUAGUGCCAACUGUAAAGUUUGGUGGAGGAGGAAUAAAGGUAUGGGGCUGUUUUCCAUGGUUCAGGCUCCUUAGUUCCAAUGAAGGGAAAUCUUAAUGCUACAGCAUACAAUGACAUUCUGCUUCCAACUUUGUGGCGAUAGUUUGGGGAAGGCCCUUUCCUGUUUCAACAUGACAAUGCCCCCAUGCACAAAGCGAGGUCCAUACAGAAAUGGUUUGUCGAGAUCGGUGUGGAAGAACUUAAAUGGCCUGCACAGAGCCCUGACCUCAACCCCAUUGAACACCUUUGGGAUAAAUUGGAACACCGACUGUGAGCCAGGCCUAAUCGCCCAACAUCAGUGCCUCACUAAUGCUCUUGUGGCUGAAUGGAAGCAAGUUCCCGCAGCAAUGUUACAACAUCUGAUGGAAAGCCUUCCCACUAGAUGUGGAAGCUGUUAUAGCAGCAAAGGGGGGAUCAACUCCAUAUUAAUGCCCAUGACUCUGGAAUGAGAUGUUCGAUGAGCAGGUGUACACAUACGCUUCCUGUGUGAGGUAGGGUUGUAAUAUAUGGAUGUUAUAGAGAAUGAACCUGCAGGAGAAUGUCACUGGUUUGAUGUUUGCAGAGAACGGCAGGGUGUUGUCCAGGGUCACGCCAAGGAUCGUUGCCCUCUGGGAGGGGGACACCAUUGUCAACCAUGACGGAGUGGUUUUGUGCGGGCAGGCAUUCUUCGGGAGGAAGAGCAGCUCUGUCUUGUCAAGGUUGAGCUUGAGGUAGUGGGCCGACAUCCAAGCUGAGUUAUCUACCAGGCACGCAGAGAUGUGUGUCGCUACCUGGGUGUCAGAAGAAGAAAAGUAGUUAAGUUUCAUCCGCAUAGCAAUUAUAGAAGAGACCAUGUGAGGAUAUGACGGAGCCGAGUGACUUGGUGUAUAGAGAAAAGAGGAGAGGGUCUAGAACCGAGCCCUGGGGGACAACAGUAGUAAGAGUCCAUGGUGCAGACACAGAUCCUCUCUACGUCUGUCACACUCUGGCUCUGGGACUUUUUAUGUUUAGUCAGGGUGUGUAGAUUUCCGUGUGUUUUGUACUGUGGGUAGUGUCUAGGUGUUCGCGUUCUAUGUUUGGUCAGUGACUCCCAAUCGGAGGUAACGAGUGUCAGCUGUCGGCUCGUUAUCUCUGAUUGGGAGCCAUAUUUAAAUGUCUGUGUUCACCUUGUGGUUGUGGGUUUUUGUGCUAUGUUCAGUCGGUGUAACUGAGGACGUCACGGAUCGUGUUUUGUUUUGUCGUGUGUUUCAACAUUAAAAUCAUCAUGUUCACUCCCAACGCUGCGCUUUGGUCGUACUUCAUUGGCGCCCGUGACAGAAAAAGCCACCACAACGAGACCAAGCAGCAGUUGGAUGACGAGUGGUGGAGCCAGAAGAGCGAAGGUUGGGAGAGGACAUUAGAGGCCUGGUCCACGGGGAGGAGAGACCCCCAGAAAAUUUUUAGAGGGGGCUCACGACGUCGGGGCAGCAGGAGUACGGGAUUGAGGAGUGCAGAAGGUUGGCAGAGGAGGCCGCCAGGUUAAGGGGGCCACUGGUCACGAAGGGGAAGGAAGGUGUGGAGGCAGGGCGAAAGGUACUGGGGUGUGUUACCAGUCCGGUCCGGCCCGUUCCUGAUCCCCAUGGAGGGCCAGGGGUGUGUGUCCCCAGUGCGGUCCUGUCUGUUCCUGCUCCCCGCACCAAGUCUGUGGUGCGUUUCGUCAGCCCUGUCCGGCCCGUGCCUGCUCCCCGCUCCAAGCCAAUGAUGCGCGUCGCCAGCCCGGCCCGGCCUGUUCCUGCUCCCCGCACCAAGUCUGUGGUGCGUUUCGUCAGCCCUGUCCGGCCCGUGCCUGCUCUCCGCACCAAGGCUGUGGUACGUGUCGCCAGCCCGGUUCGGCCUGUUCCUGCUCCCCGGCUCAAGUCUGUGGUGCGUCUUGUCAGCCCUGUCCGGCCUGGUCCUGCUCCACGCCCCAAGCCAAGGGUGCGUUUCGUCAGCCCUGUCCGGCUCGUCCCUACUCUCCGCACCAAGUCUGUGGUGCGCGUUGCCAGCCCAUUCCGGUCCGGUCCUGCUCCACGCACCAAGCCAGGGGUGUGUAUCGUCAGCCCGGUCCGGUCCGUUCCUGUUCCACGCGCCAAGCCAGGGGCGCGUGUCGUCAGUCCGGUUCCGGCCAGCGGGGCUAGACAGGACCAGGGGUACUUUGGGGGGUUGGAGAGGAAGUGGGGAGGAGGCCCGGAGCCGGAGCCGCCGCCGAGGAGGAAUGCCCACCCAGCCCUCCCCUGGUUGCUUGUAUUUAGGCGCGGUCGCAGUCCGCGCCUUUAGGGGGGGGUACUGUCACACUCUGGCUCUGGGACUUUUUAUGUUUAGUCAGGGUGUGUAGAUUUCCGUGUGUUUUGUACUGUGGGUAGUGUCUAGGUGUUCGCGUUCUAUGUUUGGUCAGUGACUCCCAAUCGGAGGUAACGAGUGUCAGCUGUCGGCUCGUUAUCUCUGAUUGGGAGCCAUAUUUAAAUGUCUGUGUUCACCUUGUGGUUGUGGGUUUUUGUGCUAUGUUCAGUCGGUGUAACUGAGGACGUCACGGAUCGUGUUUUGUUUUGUCGUGUGUUUCAACAUUAAAAUCAUCAUGUUCACUCCCAACGCUGCGCUUUGGUCGUACUUCAUUGGCGCCCGUGACAACGUCACCCGGUAGGGGCGGCCUGCCAGGUAGAAUGCAAUCCAAGAACGUGCAGAGCCUGAAACGCCCAGCCCUGAGAGGGUGGCGAGGAGGAUCUGAUGGUUCACAGUGUCGAAGGCAGUGGAUAGAUCUAGAAGGAUGAGAACAGAGGAGAGAGAGUCAGCUUUGGCAUUGCAGAGAACCUCCGUGACACAGAGAAGAGCAGUCUCGGUUGAGUGACCUGUCUUGAAGCCUGACUGGUUAGGGUCAAGAUGAUCGUUCUGAGAGAGAUAGCGAGAGAGUUGGUCAGAGACAGCACGCUCAAGUGUUUUGGAAAGAAAAGAAAGAAGGGAUACCGGUCUGUAGUUUUUGACGUCAGAGGAGUUGUGUUGGUUUUUUGAGGAGGGGAGCAACUCGGGCCAUUUUGAAGUCAGAGGGGAUGCAGUUAGUGGUCAGGGAUGAGUUGAUGAGGGAAGUGAGGAAUGGGAGAAGGUCUCCAGAGAUGGUCUGGAGAAGGGAGGAGGGGAUGGGGUCGAGUGGGCAGGUUGUCAGCUGGCCAGACCUCACUAGUUGCAGGAUUUCAUCUGCAGAGAGAGGGGAGAAAGAGGUCAAGGCGUAGGGUAGUUCUGUGUGAGUGGGACCAGUGGACUCAAUAGGCUGAGUGAAUGAGGAGCGGAUGUCGUCAACCUUCUUUUCAAAGCCAUCUGCAGAGAGGGAAGGGUGGAGGAUUAAGGAGGGAGGAGAAGGUGGAAAAUAGUUUCCUAGGGUUAGAGGCAGAAGCUUGAAAUUUAGAGUAAUAAAAAGUGGCUUUAGCAACGGAUACAGAGGAAGAGAAGGUAGAGAGAGAGUGUAAAAGGAUGAUAGGUCUUCCGGAAGUUUAGUUUUCCUCCAUUUUCGCUCAGCUGCCCGCAGCCCUGUCCUGUAAGCUCGCAAUGAGUCACUCAGCCACGUAGCAGGAGGGGAGCGGUAGGAAAGGGGACAGUGCGAGUCAUAGUAUGCGGAAAAGUAGGAGAGUAGGGUCGAAGAGACAGAAUCAGGAGACAAGAGGGAGAAGGACUUAGCAGAAGGGAGAGAUGAUAGGAUAGAAGAGGAGAGAGUUGUGGGAGAGAGAGAGCGAAGAUUGCGACGGGCCAUGACCAUCUGGGUAGGGGCUAAGUGGCUAGGGUUGGAGGAAAGGGAGACAGAAAAGGAAACAAAGUAGUGAUCAGAGAACUGGAGGGGGGUUCCAGUGAGAUUAGUAGGCGACCAGCCUCUAGUUAAGAUGAGGACAAGCGUAUUGCCUGCCUUGUGAGUGGUAGGGGAAUGGGAAAGGGUGAGGUCAAAAGAGGCAAGGAUGGGAAAGAGAGAGUUGGAAAGAAAUUAAUCGAAGGCAGACAUUGGGAGGUUGAAGUCGCCAAGUACAAAGAGCGGUGAGCCAGCGUCAGGAAAUGAUCUUAUUAAGGUGUCAAGCUAAUUGAUGAAAACUGUAAGGGCAAAUGGUAUAUAUACAGGGGGUACCGGUACCGAGUCAAUGUGUGGGGGCACCGGUUAGUCAAGGUAAUUGAGGUAAUAUGUACAUGUAGGUAGAGUUAUUAAAGUGACUAUGCAUAGAUAAUAAACAGAGAGUAGCGGGGGCAAUGCAAAUAGUCUGGGUAGCCAUUUGAUUAGAUGUUCAGGAGUCUUAUGGCUUGGGGGUAGAAGCUGUUUAGAAGCCUCUUGGACCUAGACUUGGCGCUCUGGUAAUGCUUGCCGUGCGGUAGCAGAGAGAACAGUCUAUGACUAGGGUGGCUGGAGUCUUGGUGUGCUUGGACCAUGUUAGUUUGUUGGUGAUGUGGACACCAAGGAACUUGAAGCUCUCAACCUGUUCCACUAUAGCCCCGUCGAUGAGAAUGGGGGCGUGCUCGGUCCUCUUCUUUUUCCUGUAUGCUGAGAUGAACUCGGCGUUCUUGACCACGGAACAGCAGUUCCAAACGCUGCCAAAUUAGAAGGGUUGCAGUCAAGUGGUGGGAGCGUCUGUAAAGCCUACAGGGAGAGGAGCGAACAGGUAUAGAAAACACACACAUAUGAGAUCUGAAAAUAACUAGGUAAGAUACUCAAGUGAGAGAGUGGUGUGGAGCCUGUCGUGGUAAUUAUUCUAAUCAAAGGAGAGACUUUUAGAUUUCCUCAAAACAAUUGAACUUUAUUAAUUACUGCAGUAAUGGAGUGUAAACAGUCACCAGAUGGUGUAGAGUUAAUGCCCAAAUAAACAGGAUUCGGUUACAACUCUUUAUAGUCUUCCUGAGUCCUUGUGACGAAGAACAGAUAUGUGAAAUUAUACAAAGGUACAUUGUGCUCUCAUGCAACAGACAUCAAAAAACAUCAAGAUUUACAUGCCGCCAAAUAUAUGUCUCUAGUUCAUUAACUGCUUGUUUAUACAAAUAUACUAAUGCAACAUAGGAUACUAAGCCCUUUUCUCAGAAGAGUCAAGUAUUCAUCUGCCAUAUGGGAUAAAUAAACUGGAGAUUGGGUCUCCCUGGCACCGACAGAAAGGCACACAGACACUAAUCAUGGAAUGGAAUGUUGUCUUAUCACCAAGCCAUCGUAAAUCGACUGUCAGAGUUCAAUCUCAGUUGACACAGACACAUGAGAGUUCUAAAAACCCUAUUAUGUUGCCUCUCAGAAGAACAGACAGUGUGAAUGUACUGAUAUAGGAAUACAUUCUAAUAUAAAAGUAAUGUGAUUAACAUAAUGUUGUAAUUCUACAACAAGCCUUCCUCUCUUUCCUUUCUCGAACAACUCGGCAAAACUGUCUUUGUUUCGGCGUCGGUCUUAGUUUUGCGACGAGACCACCGCUGACAUGGCUGCCGCUGAAAAAACUGUGGAGACUGAAGUACUAAUACUAAUUGCUAAUUGCCUUGCAAAGGUAAAGAGCACACCUCCUGGUACUAAUUGCUGAUUGCCUAGGAGAGGAGAAACUCUAAGCCUCAGCUGAAUCUGGUAAUUAAUGGUGUGGCUGUUGAACAAGUUGAGGAGUCUAAAUUACUUGGUGUUACCUUAUAUUGUAAACUGUCAUGGUCAAAUCAUAUAGUUUCAAUGGUUGUAAAGACGGGGAGAGGUCUCUUCCAUAAUAAAGAGAUGCUCUGCUUUUUUGACAUCACCUUCCAAAAAGCAAGUCCUGCAGGCUCUAGUUUUGUCUUAUCUUGAUUAUUGUCCAGUCAUGUGGUCAAGUGCUGCAAAUAAAUACCUAGUUAAGCUGCAUUUGGCCCAGAAUGGAGUGGCAUGUCUUGCUCUUCAUUGUAAUCAGGGGGCUUAUUUAAAUACCUGCAUGCCAGUCUCUCUUGGCUACACAUUAAUGUGUUGAAAAUUCCAAAUUGUUUGCAUAGUCAACUUACACACAGCUCUGACACACACAGUCCCCAAAUCCAGAACAAAUUCAAGAAAGCAUACAGUAUUAUAUAGUGCCAUUAUUUCAUGGAUUCCCUUCCAUCUCAUAUUCCUCAAAUGAACAGCAAACCUGGUUUCAAAAAACUGAUAAAGCAAAACCUCACUGCAAACGCCUCUCCCCUAUUUGACCUAGAUAUUUUGUGUGCAUGUGUUGAUUUGUAGGCUGUGUGCCAUUUUCAAAUGUAUGUAGUUCUGUCCUUGAGCUGUUAUUGUCUAUUCAUGUUCUGUAUUAUGUCAUGUUUCAUGUUUUGUGUGGACCCCAGGAAGAGUAGCUGCUUUCACAACAGCUAAUGGGGAUCCUAAUAAAAUACCAAAUACCAAUACAGCUACUGAUUAUGAAAACAACAACAGUCACAAAUUGUCCUGCCCCUUAAUCCUGGUUGAUGUGCCAACAAUCAUCUGCAAGUUACGAGCAGUCAGCAGUUCACACACCAAGUAGGCUACUGGGAAGACAGGCAGCACUUAAAGUAGAUGGCCCUAGCUAGCAAAAAGACAGUACUAGACAACAACAGAUAAAGACAAACAUUAUACUUAUCACUCCUGGAGACAUCAGGAGUCCUCUAGCUAUAGAAUAAAGCACCCUGAGAUGGAGCCUGAGAAGCUGGUUAUAUACUCAGAAAAGAGGUGAAACCACUUCCCCUCCAAUAGUAGUAAACUCAGCAAAAAAAGAAACGUCCUCUCACUGUCAACUGCGUUUAUUAACAGCAAACUUAACAUGUGUAAAUAUUUGUAUGAACAUAACAAGAUUCAUCAACUGAGACAUAAACUGAACAAGUUCCACAGACAUGUGACUAACAGAAAUUGAAUAAUGUGUCCCUGAACAAAGGGGGGGUCAAAAUAAAAAGUAACAGUCAGUAUCUGGUGUGUCCACCAGCUGCAUUAAGUACUGCAGUUCAUCUCCUCCUCAUGGACUGUACCAGAUUUGCCAGUUUUUGCUGUGAGAUGUUACACCACUCUUCCACCAAGGUACCUACAGGUUCCCGGACAUUUCUGGGGGGAAUGGCCCUAGCCCUCACCCUCCGAUCCAACAGGUCCCAGACGUGCUCAAUUGGAUUGAGAUCUGGGCUCUUCGCUGGCCAUGGCAGAACACUGACAUUCCUGUCUUGCAGGAAAUCACGCACAGAACGAGCAGUAUGGCUGGUGGAAUUGUCAUGCUGGAGGGUCAUGUCAGGAUGAGCCUGCAGGAAGUGUACCACAUGAGGGAGGAGGAUGUCUUCCCUGUAACUCACAGCGUUGAGAUUGCCUGCAAUAACAACAAGCUCAGUCCGAUGAUGCUGUGACACACCGCCCCAGACCUGUAGCGCUGUCUUAGGCAUCUCACAGUACGGACAUUGCAAAUUAUUGCCCUGGCCACAUCUGCAGUCCUCAUGCCGCCUUGCAGCAUGCCUAAGGCACGUUCACGCAGGUGAGCAGGAACCCUGGGCAUUUUUCUUUUGGUGUUUUUCAGAGUCACUUAGUGUCCUACGUUUUCAUAACUGUGACCUUAAUUGCCUACCGUCUGUAAGCUGUUAGUGUCUUAACGACCGUUCCACAGGUGCAUGUUCAUUAAUUGUUUAUGGUUCAUUGAACAAGCAUGGGAAAUAGUGUUUAAACCCUUUACAAUGAAGAUCUGUGAAGUUAUUUAGAUUUUUACGAAUUAUCUUUGAAAGACAGGGUCCUGAAAAAGGGACGUUUCUUUUUUUGCUGAGUUUAUUUAUUGGGAUCCCUAAUUAGGCGCUGCCUAGGCAGCAGCUACUCUUCUGGGGUCCAAGACAGGAAACAAAGCACAACAAAUAAAAUGCAUAAAAUACAUAGUAUACAUAAUAUAAUAAAUAAUAUACAUAACACUACAUAAUCUCCUGCCUCUGCCUCACGCUUUAGAAACAGGAGAUGGCUCCUGCCCUAUGAGCUGUUCCGGCUUGCACAAACCAAUAAUUAGUGCAAGCCCACCUACAUAAUACAAUAAAUAAUUCAGUGCAAAUUACAAUACAGAAUAUAUAAAAAUGUCUGUCUCUUCUUGGUCCCCGUUGUGCCGUAAAGUGUUCUUUUAUCAGUUUUUUAAAUCAGUUUUUAUUGCUACGUUGAGUUACCUGGGGUGGCAGAGAGUUCCAUGUAGUCAUGGCUCUAUUUAAUAAUGUGCAUUUCCCAGACUCUGUUCUGAACCUGGGGACUGUGAAGAGACCUCUGAUUGCAUUUAUUUACAGAUGAGUGUCUGAACUGUGUGCCAACUACUUGAACAGAGAGUUCGGUUACCUUCAAAACAUCAACACCUCGCACAAAGUCCAAUAGUGAUGCAGUCCAUCUCUCCUCAACUUUGAGCCAGGAGAGACUGACAUGCAUGUUACUGACAUUUGCCCUCUGUGUACAUCUAAGUGCAAUAUGUGCUGCUCUGUUCUGGACCAACUGCAAUUUACCUAUUUUCCUCUUGACCACACAACUGGGCAGUAGUCCAGGUGUGACAAAACUAGGGCCUGUAGGACCUGUCUGGUCGACUGAGAUGUCAAGAAAGCAGAGCAACGCAAUAAAGCCACUGGUUACCAAAAUAACAACAGUCACAAAUUGCCCUGCCCCUAAUCCUGGUUGGUGUGUCAAGAAUCAUCUGCAAGUUAUGAGCAGUCAGCAGUUCACACACCAAGUAGGCUACUGGGAAGACAGGCAGCACUUAAAGUAGAUGACCCUAGCUAGCAAAAAGACAGCACUAGACAACAACAGAUAAAGACUAAAUUAAAGAUGACAAAGAUUUUUUGGCACAUCCAUUAUCCAUAACAAUCUCUCAGGAGGGAACAUUCCCCAGAUAUUCUGCCUUGUUUUCUUGUCCCGUGGAUUGGAGGAGGAGGAAGAGGUCAUUACUCGACCUAGAGCCCUGUGGUAAUUGACAUUAGGGAGGGGGUUGGAGGAAACAGGCGACAUGAUAAUCAAUUUGAAGCUGUAUCGGUAACAAGAGCUGCUGGGGGGCUCCAGCCCCCUAUGAAGAGACCAGAUGGCCCCAGCCCUGUGUGGGCCUGUGAGGGUGGAAGGGGAGGGGAGAGACAAUGGGAGAGAGGGGAGGGGAAGGGAGCAUGUGCAGGAAGGGAUGCAUGGGGCAAACACUUUUAGCUGGAUAGAGGAUUUGUGUGUGUGUGUGGUGCAUGUGUGUGCGUGUUUGCUUGAGAGACGGUGCCAUCUGCCAGCAACGCACUCGGGGUUCAGCAGAUGUGUUCUCUGACACUGGGGGUGCCGCAGAGAGGGAUGUGGAGAGGGUUCUAACACACCACAGUCUACCUCUGUGGGAGAGAGGAGACAGACGGCUGGGUGACUGGACAGCUGCAUGGCACAUGACACCCACAUACGCACAUACACACCAUACCACAAAUGCAAACACACACUGACUCUCUUGUACCGGCUCUAUGAACACUCACUGGACUCUUCCCACACACUGACACUCCAACAAACACACACACACUACAUACGCUCACACACACAAAACACACACACACAUGCAUGUUGAUGCCAGUGUUGAUGCCAGACACACACACACACUCUUCACAUACGCUGCUGCUACUCUGUUUAUUAUCUAUCCUGAUUGCCUAGUCACUUUUAUCCGUACCUAUAUGUACAUAUUACCUCUAUUACCUCAACUACCUCAUACCCCUGCACAUUGACUCUGUACUGGUACUCUUGGUAUUUAGUCUCAUUAUUGUUACUUUUUAUUUAAAAUUUGAUUUGAUUUGUUACUUUAUUGUGUAACUAUUUCCUUUUUCUAUGCACAUUUUUCUUACUUUUUAACUCUGCAUUGUUGAGAAAGGGCUCGUAAGUAAGCAUUUCACGGUAAAGUCUACACCUGUUGUAUUCGGUGCAUGUGACAAAUAAAAUCUGAUUUGAUUUGACACACACAGAUGCACAGAUGCACAGGUCCACACAUACUAAUACAGUAUACACACUCACAUGCUCACACAGACAGACAUAACUCAGAACUCUGUUUUUUUCCAUUGGACCCUGAGGGUAAAGGCCCUUUUGGGGACAUAGGAGGGGGAGGAUGUCUGGUCAGGUCUGUCCUCAUUUGGAUGCUGUCCUAUUAUUUUUGUUAGACAGACAGACUGACUGACUGACUGACUGACUGAAUUCAGGGUCAGCAGAUGACAGGAGAUGCAGCUCCCAGGCAGCUGUAAAGUACUUCUCUCUAGACAGAUAUUAUGUGUCUGGUCAUUGAGCAGAGUAGCACAGACAGACUGAGUGAAGGAGAACUUCCAGAUCUCAGUGAAAGGUCACAGUGAACCCCAGCUGGCCAGACCGGCCCAGCCAGUCAUCUGGGAUUGGCCGCGGGGACCAGCGGGUACCCUGAAUGCACAUCUAUGACCUUUAGAGAAUGCACUUCCUGUCUACAGCACCAGAAACAGUGUGUUAGUGUCUUCAUUGAGGAGGGAGUGUGUGGCAGGGAUAUUCUACUCUAGUUUUCACAGGCUUUAGUGUCUAGCAGUUGUCUCUCUUUCCUGGAGCUAAGGUUUUAAAUUGAAAUCAAAGUGUGAGAAAGUCAGUCUUAUUCCCUCUUGGUUUAUGGGUGUUGGUGCUGGUGGCAAGCACAUGCAAGCCUAAAAACUAGUAGACACUGUGGACAUGAGACACUGUGGACACCCCCUGUAGCAGAGUGUAAGGCCCGUCUCUUCAUUUAGUGUAACCCCACCUCUGUUACUAUCGACAAACCACUGGACCAUCCACUGUCCUCAUCUAGAGAAGUGUUGAAUCUUGUUAACACUAUUUUCUGAUCGCGACACGCACCACUCGUCUCAAGCCGGCUUCCACCAACCAACCGCUCCCAUUUUUAAUUGCCGAAAAAUGUUGUUUGUUGCUUCAUUUUCAAAACAAUCUCUUGAAAUGUUAAUUAAUGAGGGAUCUGUAAGAAAUCUGCCAAUUAGUGAGACCUGACAGAUGAGCAGGCCGUGGCGCCGGAUGCGUUGAUGACUCAGGAGUUCAGGAGAGCUGCAUAUUUGUUUUGCCUGCAGGGCUGCCGAAAGGAGGGGCACUGUAUGAUUUAGGGCGAGAAACAGGGUUAGCAGUAAAUGGGCUGCUUGAUAUCAAUUAGCAAGGAAGAGAUCAUUAUGGGGGAAAUAUUCAAGGUUCCUAAAAUAUUUACAUAUUGUUUCUUUUUUCCAUCCACUCAAAUAUUAGUUUGGUCAAGUAAUGCUUAACUCUGUCUAGCACUCUCUCAAUUUAGUUAGGUUAAACCGGUUCAUAUUAUAGACAGUGUUAUCAAUCUAUAUCAAUCAAUACAUUACCAAUCUAGAGAUGAUGGAAAAUUAACUAACCCUGUUGUCCUUUUUGUGACAGGCGAGCCCGUGGUGACGAGGGGGAACAACUGUCUGAACGCAGCCAAGGCCUGCAACCUGAAUGACACCUGUAAGAAGUACCGCUCAGCCUACAUCAGCCCCUGCACCAGCCGUGUCUCCACUGCAGAGGUCUGCAACAAGCGCAAGUGCCACAAAGCCCUGCGGCAGUUCUUCGACAAGGUGCCACCCAAGCACAGCUACGGCAUGCUGUUCUGUUCCUGUCCAGCCGGCGAUCAGUCGGCCUGCUCCGAGCGCCGGCGCCAAACCAUCGUACCAGUCUGUUCCUAUGAGGACAAGGAAAAGCCUAACUGUCUCUCCCUGCAGGCCUCUUGCAAGACCAACUACAUCUGCAGGUACACUAGGAUAAACAGUUGUCAGAGUACGUAAUAUAGUACACAGGCAUCUUGCAAGACCAACAACAUCAAACAUAUAGCAUAGCAAACAAUCACAUAGUCUCACGUGUCAGACUCCACAUUUAAAACACAGACUGACCUAUGUCAGUAUAUGGAUAAAAUGACAUUUAAGUCAACACUGUAUUUCCCCAUGCCGUCUUUGAGAUAGCAUCCUCUGUAAUGUGAAGAGGUGCUGCAGAUUACAGAUCCAAAGUGAUGGGGUGUCUAAGUUAACACAGCAUGGAGGUUGCUAUCAUGCCUUCAGAGGUGUUGAGAAAUAUACCAGUCCCUGAUAAAAGAUGUGAAAAAUAAACAAACCUGUUAAGAUAACUGGAUACUAUGUUGGGAGACUGCAUCAGAAAUAAACCAUAACCAUUCACCAUGUAAUGAAUAUAAGCAAACACUAAAGCUACCUACAAUAACUGAGAGUAUUCAGGUUAAGCAGUGAAACACUCCCAUUUUCUUUCUGAAUGUAUGUAUUUUCGGCCUUAAGUGUUUCAUUUAGCUGUCAUGUAGCAGUAUUCAGGCUAGAAUUACUGGGCAGUGGAUUGGAUGUGUUUGGGUUAAGUGGCCUGUGUAUCAUUGGCAGUAAUAGAGGCUGUAUUGAAAUGCAGUGAAACAGACUGGACUCAAUGAGUGACGUCUGCCAUCGCCUCUAGAGCUACAGCACUCUGUCUGGGAUUAAAUGGAGGCAUUAGUGCAAAUAAAUUGGUUCCAUUUCGAUUCCAGCCUCAGGGCUGUGCAGUCUCUCUCUCUCUCUCUCUCUCUCUCUCUCUCUCUCUCUCUCUCUAUCUCUCUCUCUCUAUCUCUCUCUCUCUCCCUAAUUCUUUCUUUCUUUCUUUCUUUCUUUCUUUCUUUCUUUCUUUCUUUCUUUCUUUCUUUCUUUCUUUCUUUCUUUCUUUCUUUCUUUCUUUUUCUUUCUCUCUCUCUCUCUCUCUCUCUCUCUCUCUCUCUCUCUCUCUCUCUCUCUCUCUCUCUCUCUCUCUCUCUCUCUGUCUCUCUCUCUUUGUCUCACUAUUUGUCUUAUUUUCUAUCUCUUCACUUAGCAAAAUGUUCCCUUCUCAACAAAUAUGUAACACUAGGUGGUACUUGGCAUCCCAACUCCAUCAUGAGUGGUAUCCAGAGCUCCUCUCUGUUUGUGGGGAGGGAUUAUAAGACCAGGCGUACUUGCUGGCUGCUCCCUCACCAUAUGGGAGGUGUAUCACAGAGUGGAAUCAUCACAGCUCUCCCUCUUCUCCCCUUCCACUAACACAGGAACAGAUUGAUGAGAGUACACAGACCCAACCAUGCUGUGUGUAUGGUUGUGUGUGUCCUUGUGUUAGUGUGUGUGUGUGUGUGUGUGUCCGUGUGUGUGUGCGUACCAAUCAGUACCAGUGCUUUUGUCUAUUUGACAGUGACAGUUAGUCUUAUAGGAGAGAUAAGAAAGUUCAGAUACACUCACUGUUUGUGUUGUGUCUUUCAGGUCCCGUCUGGCUGAUUUCUUUGCCAACUGCCAGUCUGAGCCACGCUCCCUCUCUGGCUGUCUUAAGGAGAACUACGCUGACUGCCUGCUCUCCUACUCUGGCCUCAUCGGUGAGUCUCUCCCCUGUCUCUAUUGGUAAACCUUUCAUCACACACAUUGAUGGGUCUCCCUAUGGUCUUUCAUUUUCUCACUGAAUCUUCAUACUGUCCCCUGAGUGGAUUUCCUUCCUGUUGCUAUUGUCAUCUGUCACAGAGGGUGCCCUUAAUCCCCUUCCCAUCUUCGCUCUAGCACAGCGCAACCCAACGUCACACCACUUCCUCAUGUCCCUUCACAUCAUUUGAUAAAAUUAGCUCAUUGUUCAGAGGAAACCAAGGAAACCAAGACUCAUAGUUGCAGAAAACGCAAUAGAGCGAGAGAAUGAGCGUGUGAAAGAGAUAAAGAAAGAGGAGGAAAUUGUGUAGAGAAGAUAAGUCUCCUUUAUCUUCUGCUUCUGUGUGCUGAGGGACCCAUCCUAGCUCAAUCCAUCACAUUUCCCGUACUAGCACAGCUGUAGCAGAUAGUCCACACAGCAACCAGCAAAAUGCCAAUUCAUUUUGUCGCAAACAAAAAUGGCUUGUUUGGACAGACGCCAGUAGAGGAAUAAUGCAUUGAGGAAGCAAGAAAUCACUGACUGCAUCUAUUUAGUUCACUACAAAGAGGAAGAAACCUAAUUCGUCACGCUGCCUUUGGAAAUACUCCAUGACGUUUCCAGUGUUACAUGUUGUUCAGAGAAUUGGAUGAAGAUCUAGCUAGAUUUUUUUUGCUAACAGUUGCAGUAUGAUAGGGAUUCAACAUUGCAUGAUGGUUUGGGGCAGUGAGAGGUGGAAACUCUUUCACCAUGACCAGCCAAUGACCAGCCAAGAGUGCUUAUAGGUCAUGGCUCUGUCACAGAGAAUAACAUGUCUAUAGAAAACAGUAUGGUAGAUAAACUCUGUUCCUUUAAGUAAUCUACUGUAUUUCAUCCCCCCUCCUUAUAGGUACAGUGAUGACGCCCAACUACCUGCGUUCUCCUAAGAUCAGUGUUGUUCCCUACUGUGACUGCAGCAGCAGUGGUAAUGGCAAGGAGGAGUGUGACAAGUUCACAGAGUUCUUCACAGACAACACCUGCCUCCGUGAGUGACUGACCAGCCUCCUCCUGUCCUCUCCUCUCAUCUUCAUUCUCUUACCAUUUUCCUGUCUCCUCCACUCUUUCAUUGUGGGUCUCCUGCCAAUUAUUCAUCCCUCUCUCACAUUCAUCCUCCCUCUCUCCCAAUUGAUGCUCCAUCUCCCCUGUGAGCUCUUUGACGAUGGAGCAGAAAAGCAGAGAUAGAGGAGGAAGAAACAGCGAUAAUGCAUGCACACAUUAAUAUAUGUUUGUGUGUGUGAGUAAGGGGUUCCAAUAUCCGCAUAGCUCUCCCAGAUCAGCAACCAAGGCAUUGUCUUCUAACUCUGUGACCAUCCUUUCACAUAUCAGACAGCUUUAAUUAACCUACCUCCUCUCCCUCCCUUUCCAUCCUCUCCUCCUUUAAUAAAUACGGCUGCUUCACUAUCACAAGGUGUCAGGCCUCUGGAUAUAGCAGAUCCAUGGCUGUGGUGCCUUUCUUUGUGCAAUCACAUCUCAACUUCCUCUGCUGUGUUAUUAGUAUGGCAUUGUCUCUCAGCGCUUUAUUUCCAUCAAAGCCAGUAGGAUCCAAUAUAGUCAUGCUCUCACUGACCUUAUGCGGGAGUUUGUUUUCACUGUAUCAUAGAGAUAGAGUUGUAUGAAAACAUUUAUUCUCAAUGUGACAAUGAGCACAACAUAGCACUAUCGCAAAAGAUACAUUUCUUUAGUGGAAUUUCAGUGUCAUUGAAGUCUUUUUGACACACUGCUAUUUGGGUUUUAGUUUUAAGAAAGAAAGCCAUUGAGAUAGUCUAUCUCAGGGAUCAUCAACUAGAUGAUAUUGAGCAAGUAGCCUGGCAGAUAGGAGCGUUGGGCCAGUAAAGGUUGCUGGAUCGAAUCCCCGAGCCGACAAGGUAAAAAUCUGUUGUUCUGUCCGUGAGCAAGGCAGUUAACCCCCAACAACAACUGCUCCCUGGGCACCGAUGAUGUCGAUUAAGGCAGCACCCCGCACCUCUCUGAUUCAGGGGUUGGGUUAAAUGCGGUAGACACAUUUCAGUAGAAUGCAUUCAGUUGGACAACUGACUAGAUUUCCCUUGUCAGGAGGCCAGAACAUAAUUAGAAAUAAUUUGUAGACUGCAUAUUGACCGCAAUAUAUAAUAUUUGACUAAAACAUAAUUUAAAACAUUGCUUACAAUGGUUUAUGAUCUCAUAUAUCUAUCUAUUAUGCGUGGGAAUACUUUGGAACAGAUUGGUGUGUUUACAGUCUUUUAUGUACAACAAUUUAAAGAAAAAAAAAUUAAAAAUUGCUUCGAAAACUUGGGAGGCCAAAUAAAAUCACCCGCGGGACGCCAGUUGGGAACCCUGGUCUAUCUAGACAGACAGGUUUCCUCCAACAAUGUACAAAUGUUCCAGCAUACAUGUACAGUGGGGGAAAAAAAGUAUUUAGUCAGCCACCAAUUGUGCAAGUUCUCCCACUUAAAAAGAUGAGAGAGGCCUGUAAUUUUCAUCAUAGGUACACGUCAACUAUGACAGACAAAAUUAGAAAAAAAAUCCAGAAAAUCACAUUGUAGGAUUUUUUAUGAAUUUAUUUGCAAAUUAUGGUGGAAAAUAAGUAUUUGGUCAAUAACAAAAGUUUCUCAAUACUUUGUUAUAUACCCUUUGUUGGCAAUGACACAGGUCAAACGUUCUCUGUAAGUCUUCAUAAGGUUUUCACACACUGUUGCUGGUAUUUUGGCCCAUUCCUCCAUGCAGAUCUCCUCUAGAGCAGUGAUGUUUUGGGGCUGUCACUGGGCAACACGGACUUUCAACUACCUCCAAAGAUUUUCUAUGGGGUUGAGAUCUGGAGACUGGCUAGGCCACUCCAGGACCUUGAAAUGCUUCUUACGAAGCCACUCCUUCGUUGCCCGGGCGGUGUGUUUGGGAUCAUUGUCAUGCUGAAAGACCCAGCCACGUUUCAUCUUCAAUGCCCUUGCUGAUGGAAGGAGGUUUUCACUCAAAAUCUCACGAUACAUGGCCCCAUUCAUUCUUUCCUUUACACGGAUCAGUCGUCCUGGUCCCUUUGCAGAAAAACAGCCCCAAAGCAUGAUGUUUCCACCCCCAUGCUUCACAGUAGGUAUGGUGUUCUUUGGAUGCAACUCAUCAUUCUUUGUCCUCCAAACACGACGAGUUGAGUUUUUACCAAAAAGUUAUAUUUUGGUUUAAUCUGACCAUAUGACAUUCUCCCAAUCCUCUUCUGGAUCAUCCAAAUGCACUCUAGCAAACUUCAGAUGGGCCUGGACAUGUACUGGCUUAAGCAGGGGGACACGUCUGGCACUGCAGGAUUUGAGUCCCUGGCGGCGUAGUGUGUUACUGAUGGUAGGCUUUGUUACUUUGGUCCCAGCUCUCUGCAGGUCAUUCACUAGGUCCCCCCGUGUGGUUCUGGGAUUUUUGCUCACCGUUAUUGUGAUAAUUUUGACCCCAUGGGGUGAGAUCUUGCGUGGAGCCCCAGAUCGAGGGAGAUUAUCAGUGGUCUUGUAUGUCUUCCAUUUCCUAAUAAUUGCUCCCACAGUUGAUUUCUUCAAACCAAGCUGCUUACCUAUUGCAGAUUCAGUCUUCCCAGCCUGGUGCAGGUCUACAAUUUUGUUUCUGGUGUCCUUUGACAGCUCUUUGGUCUUGACCAUAGUGGAGUUUGGAGUGUGACUGUUUGAGGUUGUGGACAGGUGUCUUUUAUACUGAUAACAAGUUCAAACAGGUGCCAUUAAUACAGGUAACGAGUGGAGGACAGAGGAGCCUCUUAAAGAAGAAGUUACAGGUCUGUGAGAGCCAGAAAUCUUGCUUGUUUGUAGGUGACCAAAUACUUAUUUUCCACCAUAAUUUGCAAAUAAAUUCAUAAAAAAUCCUACAAUGUGAUUUUCUGGAAUUUCUUUUCUCAAUUUGUCUGUCAUAGUUGACGUGUACCUAUGAUGAAAAUUACAGGCCUCUCUCAUCUUUUUAAGUGGGAGAACUUGCACAAUUGGUGGCUGACUAAAUACUUUUUUUCCCCACUGUAUUUAAUUAAACCAAUGUCAGUUUGGCAGAGAGGAAAGGGUGGCGUUGGGAAAGCUGUCCACAGUAAUAUCUGUUCAUGUCCUGCCAUAAACAUUUUUUGGGGGCUAGCUAAAUGGUACUGCAGGAGGAUAUUUUCAAUGAGUGUAUUUCGUAAGUGAGUAGUUUGCUUGCGCCAUGACGUCAGCGUUACAUGCUUACAACCACUGACUGGCUGUGGCUAAAAUUAGCCUAGCUAUCUGCACAUUACCCACAUUAAUUUACUAUAGAAACUACAGUACUUACUAUAGAAUUCUGUAGUAAACUGUGGUAUACUGUAGAACAGUGGUUCUCAAACCUCUCCCCUGCGACCCCAAACAUUUCACAAUUUUGUUUUAGCCCUGAACUAGCUCACCUGAUUCAUCUAAUCAAGGGCUUGAUGAUUAGUAGACAAGUUCAAUCAGGUGUGCUAGCUCUGGAAUAGAUCAAAUACAUGGAAUGGCGGGGGUCCCCUAGUAGAUGUUUGAGAACCACUGCUGUAGAAUACAAUACUACACACUGUAGUAUCCCUCGAUCAUUUGUAGUACUUACUAUAGAAUUUUGUAGUAUACUGUAGAAUACUAUAUUAAAUACUACAGUAAUGUCCGCAAAAGCACUACAGUUUAACUAUAGGAAUACUUAAUUUGCAUAUACCCUGCCCAUUCCCCUCCCCUAUAUCCCAAUUUGUGCCACCCAUAAGUGAGAAACCUACAUACAUGCCAAGUAUAAACCAUAUAUUGUGUUCCCUGCAGGUUAUAGAAAAAAGCUGACAGAAGCUUUCUGGUCAGACCUACCUACCUACCUACCUACAGGUUAUGGAAAAUUAGGUAUUUCAGUUUUUGUCCAGCAGGUUUCCUCAAGGAGAAAGCAAAAACACUAUGGUAAAUGCUACAUUAAUUUCCACAAAAACACUACAGUAAAUACUACAGUAAAGUCAGCAAAAACACUAUAGUAUUUUUUCAUGUGGGUGUGUCCGCCGAUGUCAUGUUUCUGAGGGGAUUAUUUUUGUGCCCCGCCUACUCAAACUCAUGAUUUGUUAGGAGAUUUGUCUGUCUGAAGGGCACCCUCACCGAAAUUUUCUCCUGCCCCGAAAAUACGACAUAAUUCCCAGACCAUGGGCUCUUUUGACAGUGUCGGAGGUGGAACUGCGUUAGAGCUGUCAAAUCCACAAGCGGCUCCAGCAUUAAACCUAAAGCGGACAUUGCCAUUGGUUGCACAAAGUAUCACUGAGAGAGAUCCCAUGCAGCCUUGUUUACAAGUUCGAACACUGGAAUGUGAGAUGUAAUCUACACCUCGAUUAGGCUGAUAGAAAUCCUCAUUAUUUUGUUAAAUGAUUUUCCAUUUGAAAACAUCAGCUAUCAUUGGCUAUCACCGGUUAGCACUUGAUCUGAAUGAAUCUAGGCCCUAGUGCUGUUGCCCUACACUGUAAAAAAUGACUGUUUGGAUCAACCGAAACAAAUUACUUCAACUGGUUACAAGUAAAUGAGUUAGGUUUUCUCAAUAAAACAAAUACUACACUUGUUGAAAUAUAUGAUUCCCUAUCCAAAUUUCUUCAAUUGGGUUACAAGCGAUUAAUUAAAUUCCCUGUAAAACAAGAAAAGUUGGGUCAAGAACUUGAAAUUAUGUUUCCAAAAUAUUCUUUACACUAGACAUUCACAUCUACUAGUUAUACUAUCACAACCAAGCAUUGGCUACUGUAUGUGAGAUGUGAGACUAUUUUGCAACUAUCAAUACAUAUGCUGGCAGUGUACAGUUUUCAAUUUGAAUAGCAGCUACAACAGACCAGAUUAACUGGAAUGACAUUCACUCUCACGGGUCAACAAAAAGAACAAACUGAAAGCCACACCCCCAAUAAGCCACACCUCCAACUAUUCUGAUGCAUGAGGUGUUGAACGCAAUUUAGGGCUCUAUUCAAUCUGCAUCGCUGAAGAGUUAUGAUCCCCUGCUGAUUUUGUACAUUUGCCCACUGACAAAGACAUGAUCAGUCUAUAAUUUUCGUGGUAGGUUUAUUUGAACAUUGAGAGACAGAAUAACAAACAAAAAAAUCCAGAAAAACGCAUGUAAAAAAUGUUAUAUAUUGAUUUGCAUUUUAAUGAGGGAAAUAAGUAUUUGACCCCUCUGCAAAACAUGACUGGGAUUUCCGAAAACUACCACUGAGAGGUCAAGCUACUGUGGUUAUUAGGGGUGUUUUGCUCAGUCACUACAUGUCUCUGGGCUCCUCAAGACAUCCACGAAGAGCCUGUGAAGUUUGUCCAGAUUAAACUGUGUCCAUCUCUCCCUCUAUGCCAUUUAAAAUGUACAUUUCGUCAUUUAGUAGACACUUAUACAGAGGGACUUACAGUUAGUGCAUUAAUCUUAAGGUAGCUAGGUAAGACGACUACAUAUCACAGUCAUAGUAAGUAACACUUUUCCUAAAAAAAGCAGCUAUCAGCAAAGUCAGUGCAAGUAAGAAAAGAGAAGUGCAAGUGUUGAGCAUAGACUGAAGGUAAGGAGGGUCAGUUCUGGGAGCCAGUGGAGAGUGCAAAGGAACGGGGUGACAUGUUUCGAACUUGGGAAGGUUGAACACCAGACUUGCUAUGGCGUUCUGGAUAAGUUUCAGGGGUUUGAUGGCACAAGCAGAGAGCCUAGCCUCUGAUUCCCUCAAAGAUGCCAAGGCAUGGCUGAGCCCUCUCCGUCUCUCUCUCUCUCUCUCUCUCUCUCUCUCUCUCUCUCUCUCUCUCUCUCUCUCUCUCUCUCUCUCUCUCUCUCUCUCUCUCUCUCUCUCCCUCUCUCCCUCUCUCUCUCCCCCUCUCUCAAUUCAAUAGACUUCAUUGACAUGGCAAGUUAAAUGACUAACAACAGCCAAAGUACACAUAUAACAACAAUGAUUGGACUAACAGAAAUAAAUGACAUUAGGCAUGCAUUACAGUGUUGUUACAUCACCAAAAAGGAGGAAGCGAGUGAAGAGAAGUAAAGAGUAACUUCUGCUAAAUGGCAUAUACAGUAUAGAGUUAUUGGUGGUCCAUUUGCCGGUAGCAGUGGCAUUGUGACAAAGAACAUCCCAACAGAGAUGUCACACUGAGUAACCGGCAGAAUGAUCACCAAUCCAUAAGUUCCCUGGGGGCGUCCUCCCUCUGUGCCCCUGAGAAAUCACUUAGGAGAGCAGCAAUGACGCUAUUCUUCUGGCCAACAGCAUGAAUGGACCUCCAGCGGGCACAUUGGCAUGGUUCCUUUAUGCCACCUCUAAGCACUCACUCCUAGUUCAAAAGAACAGAGAUCAGCUUUUGUUACCGCUCUCCUAUAAAAACCAUCUCUCUUUAAAGAGAGGGGAAGAUUGACUGAACUACUCCCUUUAACUGUGUCCUUCAAUAGUAAAUCCAAUCCUUAUACUGAUUGAUUACAUAUUUGUUCAAUAUGACUACGCAAAGUAAACCCAAGAACUCUGACUAUUGCAAUAAAGUCAAUGUUAAUCAUGAACUACUUGAAUGUGGUGUUACCUCACCUGGGCCUAUUUGUUUGGCUCAACAGAGGGCCACUGUACACUAAUGCCUCAGUCUGUCAGUGUUUAGGCUGAUGCAAAUGUGAUAUGAUAUCAUGUUUACCCAUUUGCUGUUUGCACUUGUUGAAGGUCAGGUAAAUUACGUUUUCCUGUCAGGGAAACGAUUAAGUAGCAGAUUCUGCAGAUUCGGGGCUGUUUGCACACAGUGUGAUAUUCCCUGUGUUUAAACAUGGGCUCUAUCUACUCUCUCCCUUUGGUAAGGCAAACACUACAUUCCUGUGCAGCUGGAACAGCCUGCCUGGCCUACCUGUGUGCCUGGAGUCUAACAUUGCUUAGACAUGGUGUUUGCGGAGUAAAGGCCCAGUAUUCAACCCCACUCUCAUCUGUCAGCAAGAACAGGACACAGUUUCUAUGUGUCCAGUUUGUUGUCAAUGCCUGUAGGAAUACACUCAUCCUAUUAGGGGUGUAUACGGUAUGUAUUCUCAGGGGCUUGACUGGCAGGUUAUACAUGUCAGUAUUUCUCAACUGCUGCUGAUUGCUUCAGCAGGGUUCCUCAAACUCCAUUGAAACCUCUGACAUUGAGCUAGAGCUAAAUGGGAGCUAAACUCAUGUUUCACAGCACAAGCUUUAUGCCUAAAUACGAGCCCAAACAAGAGAAGCACCUCAUCAGCCAUGACAGACAACACAGUCUAAUGCUGUGUCUCUAAUUAGACUUUGUUGGAGAACAAAGCUCCGUAAAAGACCAUAUCAACAAAUUCAAUAUGCUCAUCAGGCCGCUGCUGUGCUAGCACAAAGCAUUAGGGCACUAGGAUAGGCUCAGUGGCACACCCGCUUUCUUCACAGCAAGAUAAUGAAAUCAGCUCUAAUUUAUUCGCUCACAGCCAGCCUUUGAGAGGUGUGGCGGUGCCGGAGAACUUUACAGCCCUAGAAGAUUCCAGCCUAAAUGAGCUGACAAGUAUAAAAAAAAUAUUUAAAAAAAGUAGGAAAAGUGGUGCAUAACUCUGGUCCAUCUAUCUUCAGCUCUCUCUGUCUGCUUCACUUCAAAGAUAGACCAGGUGCAUUGUGUGCACACUAAUGGAUUGGGUAAAUAGCCUCAUCAUCACUUUGUUAUUAUUAUUAUGGCCCUAGCUAACAUAUUCAUAUCCCUCAGCUCAGCCAAACUAAAGCACACUCACUAGAGUUGUAUAUUAUAAAUGAGUUUUUCCCCCAGAGUAAUUCCAUAUAAUUUGAUUGUUCUCUCCCACCUAUUCCAUAGUAUUUGGGAAAGAUUGCUUAAUAAUGGAUAGUGUUUUACUCCAGUAAUGGCUUUAUGAAAACCUUUUUGUUUUGGACUUAGAUGUAGUCUCUUUCUCUCACACAUACACCGGUGAAGAGCAGGACCAUCCUCCACAGUGAAUUUCAUAAAAAUAUAAAUAGUGAAACGUUAAAAAAGUUAUCAUUUUUAGAUUAAACUAUUCUAAAUAUAUUCACAUGUCACCAAAUAAUUGAUUAAAACACACUGUUUUGCAAUGAAGGUCUACAGUAGCCUCAACAGCACUCUGUAGGGUAGCACCAUGGUGUAGCCGGAGGACAGCUAGUUUCCGUUCUCCUCUUGGCACAUUGACUUAAAUACAAAACCUAGGAUGCUCGUGGUAUUGUGUGUAGGCCAGUCGCACAUUAACUCAAUUUAAUACAUUUUCAAUUCAGGCUGUAACACAACAAAAUGUGGAAAAAUGAAUACUUUCUCUCUCAAUCUCUUCUCCCAAUGCAACAUUGACGUAGUAGUCUAACACAGAGUCUGGUCUCUCUGUAGGCAAUGCCAUCCAGGCGUUUGGGAACGGGACAGACGUGGGAGUGUGGCAGCCCAUGCCUCCGGUGCAGACCACCACCUCCACCACCACUCCUUCCCAGAAGGCUAAGGACCGCUCCCCCAACUCACUGGAUGCCACCACAAACACCAACCAUCUCAACGCAGGAGACGAGUCCCUCUACCACUUCUGUGGCAGCUUGCAGGUGAGGGCUCCAGUAGCUAUGACACACAGCAAAAAAUGAUUUCAUGCCCCAUGGACCUCCUGUCCUGGGGGCCUACGGCCCAGCAUCUAAUCUUAGGAAACUAUUUUAAGAAGGCACUGGCUUAAUUUAAGCAUUAUUGAUUUUAAUUUUAGGUUGCAGGGAGGUUCUGAGAAAGUUUUACUCUGGUUCCUUGAAAGUUUUCCUGGGAGGUUCUAUCAACGCUCUGAGAAUGGAAAUUAUAGGUUAUUUUGAGGUUUUUUAAUAACUUCCUUAAAACUUUCACUGAAUGUUUCAAUAAAACUUUUAAUAACACUGCUAGCUUAUUUUGGGUUAACUUUUUUGAACUCCAAGGACAGAUAGGAUACACGGAAAUGAAUUUCCUUAGGCAUUAAUCAUGCAAACACAUUUAUUUUUUAUUGUGACACGGCAUCAGUGAGAUUCAAACCUAUAAUCUUCUGUUCUCCAUGGAAUUAUUCCACUUCGCCACCAGGAUGGAGCUAGCAUGCCAUGUUUAUUUACGCAUACAAAGCUGUUCAUUUUAGUUUAUUCAAACAGACCUCAUUUAGAAGGAAAUCAUUUAUUAAGAUCAGGUGUGGCCAAUUAGUGGGCGAGGCCAACACACCUGAACACACUUAACGAGAUAGAGGAUAGAGAGGUUUGUUGAUGCUGAGAACGGAAUGUAUAUGUUUUUAAAUAACAUUCUUAGAACGUUCUCUGAACGUUACUAAAGUUUUCUUGUGCUUUUUAUGGAAAGUUUUCUUAUGGAAAGUUCUCGGAACAAUUUGAGAACAUGACUUGAAAUAGAAUCAUGAGGAAACCUAUAGGAAACGUUAUGCUGAAGUACUGAAAUUUACACAAAAGAACGUUGUUUCUUCACGUUCUUGGAACAAUUUGAGAAUUUGAAUUAGCAAUAUGGAGUGGGAAAGCAGCCAUGCGUUUUGACAAUUAAUAGACACUGCAGUACAUAAAACCUAAUAAAAACAUCUAUAUUGUCCAGGACCGGAGUCUAUGCAGACCGGUGCGCCAUCGCCAAUCAGAGCUACAGUAGGCCUAUAUGCAAAUAAGCCAAUUGCCACACGGGCCUGCCAUCAUUCACUUUGAACUGGACUGUGUGUUUACAGGCAGUAGCAACAAUGCGGCUUUAGAUCAUUAGAACACAUUCACCAAAAGCCACAAAAUAAACCUGUAUGGAUUUCUGCAAAUAUGUAAAUACCACGGGAGUCCUCUUACAUUUGGGAACUUCACAGUCUUAUUGAUCAAACAACCAUGCAAAGGUAGGCUCUCUCUCCCUCAGUUGCCUAUGCACAUCAACAACAACGAGAUCAACAACUAAUGCUAGCCAGAGUGAGAUGAGCAAAAAUCUAACGAGGGAACAUUAGAUAAAUCCUCUCAAAAGUUUUCAGCUAGUUCGCCGUCAAAAUUGCACUGAUCAACGAUGGGGAAUAGUAGCCUGCUCGUCCUUCUGCAGCUUGCCUGCCAAUGCAUGCUUUUCCCAACCUAUGUUUUGAUAACUGAAUGGGAACUUGCCUGCCUGCCCAUUUAUUUGAUCGAUGCCAAUUACAUUUGAUUGACAACUAAGAGAUAUGCUAACUGUGGAUAACAGUCCUUCAAGUUCAGCAUAGCUAAUGUAGUGUAUUGAAGAUUAUGAUGGGGCUAAAUGUUUUUCAUGACGAAAUGGAAUGUUGGUUGUUCAGGCAAGAGGGGGGAUGUUUUAUGAUGUUAUUUGAAAUGUGCCGCUUGGAGGGUGACGCCCGAGGGGAGACUGGUGAUUGGCCAGAAGAGGGGGUAACCCUUAUUUUGGUAUUGUCUAUAUAAGAAGGGUUUUAGACAAUAAACCCCAGAGCAGCCAUUAGAAUUGGGGGACACUGCUCUCCAGACCUCGCGAGUCUGUCACCCCUGCUGAAGCUUGUGAUCUGAAUAAACCUUAUGAUCAAUGUUCAGUAUGAGCAGACUCCUUUUUGUUGACAGCAAUAAUUGCCACCAUUCAUCAUAUACGACACUAGCUAGAAAAGCGAUUCACCGCUGUAGCCACCAAAAAACGAUAUGAGGGGAAAAAGUCGGUCACUCACCCACUCCUCCAAUGACAUGACAUCCUCCCAGCAGCUAGUUAGCCAGCUAACAUUAGGCGCCAUGUUUUUAGCUUGCUAAAUAAAUAGCUAGCUACAUAAAUAGAUACGCUAGCCCAGGGGUGUCAAACUCAAUCAGCGCACGACGCACAUAUUUGAAAAACACAUAGCCUAUUUGUUUUUACCAAAAAAAAACUUUGACCCAAACUGGCCAUUGUUUUAUUAGAAAAAAUAUGGUCCUAUAUAAUGUCCACUUAUGUACAUAGGAUGCUGCAUAUAGCAUUUUUACAUAUUAUGUAUUGUAGUUGAAUAGCCUAGGCUACUGCUCAAAUGUUGCUGUAAUAGGCCUACAUGUUUCUCCUUUGCAUUGUGUUUUGUUGCAGGUUUUUGGGGGGGUUAUUCAUUGUCAAGCUUUAAAAACCGAAGCCAGACUGUAACAUUUUAGUAGCCUAGCUAGGACUGUGGCAUGUGUCUGUACACUUUCCCUCCACUGCGCGCUGUAAAUGGGACCCAGGAAAGCAGCACAAUUGAGGUUGAGUCACCGAUGCGAGCAUGGUAAUUUCAAGUAGAUGACUCAACUGUUGACUCAUUUAUACUCAUUUGUGUGUGUCAUAUUCGGCCGCAGGGCUUGUUUGACACAUGUCCGCUAGCCUAUUAGCCACAUUAUGACUGACUUGUGAUCAUUGCCCUAGCUAAUUUGAUUGUAUUGACAUUCCCAGCCUUAGUUACAGUCAUCCUUUUUUUUUAUUCAAAAUAUUGAGUAAUUGAAACUGAAACAGUGCGUCCCGAAUGGGUGGUUAUGCUGAAGUACUGACAUUUCCACAGAAGAAAGUUGUUUCUUAAUGUUCUCUGAACUAUUUGACAACAUUCCCAAUGUCAAACCAGUUGGAGAACAUUCCAAGAACAUUAAUAAAAUAAUGAAAUACCAAGAAAAUAAAGUUAUUUUGUCAAGUUCCUUAAAUGUGCUGAGCCAAGCAACUAUCCUGCACCAUUCCCAGAAAGUUCUGGGAAGGUUGCAUGCAAAAUAACCACAGGACAACCACGCUCUCACCCUGCUCUGAGAAACAUCUGGUUCUAAGAACAUUAUGUGCUAGCUGGGUAGUACUUUUGAGACCCGAUACUGCUUUUUUUCAGCAGAGCCUGCAUUAACUUGUAAAGGACUAACAGUUUAUUAGGAGUCUGAGGCACAUAUAUUGAGUUGUUAUCCUGGCCUAUUAGUGGUGUAGCAAGACACUGAGUGGAGUCAUUCUCAUAGCUAGACACUGUCCUUCAGUCAGUCAGCACAUCCUGCUACACACUGCAGCUCAAACACUCACUCCAAUAGCAGACACACUAGAUAUACUCCAUCACACACACAGCAUAAACACACUCUAGCGCCCUAGAGAAUCACACACCAGUGUGCAGGCUUCAUUCACCUCUGUAAUAAAGUCACGGUGGUGUCACCGACAGGGUGACGUGUGGUCUGAUCUAAAUGUCACCUACUGCCACCCAGCUCCCAUUAACACGGAUGACCGCCAGCCUGACCGACAGCCAGCCGACCCCUCGCCUGAUGAGGUCCUGCAUCCCUGGCUGCUCUGCCUGCACCAUUUGAAAGGGCAUUCAUAUGCUAAUAGGACAGAUUAGGAUAUAUUACCCAGAUUGAUCUGGAUGGGAGAUAAAUAGUGUGCAGGCCCAGGGGUGGAGCGGGAGUUAUCUCUGUGAUGAUGACAGGGUGUCUCCUGGCGUAGAUGACCUGCUGGAGAUGGAUCUUACAUUUACAUCAGGGGACAGAGACUGGUGCUGUAUCAGAGCUCACUGUUAGGAUGGUUGAUGGUUAUUAAGAUGAACAUCUAAGAUUGUAACUCGAUCAAUGUGAAUUGUUGUCUUUCUGUUCAAAAUACAAAAGGCUUCAACAAAGCAAAUCCAGUUGUAUAUCAGCAAUGUGAUGUAACUGACACUAAUGUUCAGAUUUGGGAUGCUCACAGUAUUAUGUCCGUCCAGGGUCCUGUCUUAGAUACACACAUUCUCUAAUCAGAUGAAAGCGCUCACUUUGCAAGGACACACACAUCACACAACAUACAAGUGCAGGAGGCAAUCAUCCUUCCCACACACAUGCGCAUGCAAAACUAUUGUAUGGUUUAGCAAACCUUUAUUUGUCUCACAUCACACACACCGCAAACACACAAACACACACUACACACACACACACACUAAGCUGAUAAUGAGGCUGGUGUAUUGGCGAGUUAGUGCUGUUGGCGCUGUACACGUGGCGUGUCAAGCUGAAGUUAAUGAGAGUGUGUGUUCCUGUAUUAGCCCUGUUUGCUCUGAAGCUUGUGUUGAGCAGGAACGGCUGUCUGAGGCAGACAAGCUCUUUCUAAUCACAUACUCAGGGGACGGGCCUGUCAGAACAGUCACUCCUCUCUCCUCAUCGAUUACAAACCCUCUAUGCUGGCACUGGCAGACAGCUGUAGCACUGUGCAAAACCAAUGACUCAGGACCCCACUAGACUUCUAGCCAAAAUACAACUUUGUAACUUCCCAUGUAAGGAGCUCUAUACGUAAACAGCUUGAAAUAUGUGCUUUUUUAUCUUUCAUUUUGUUAAUUUUCGCAAAUCAAAUUUAGUUCUACUGUGUAUUCCUCAAACUGCCAGGAAGUAUUUUUUCUUUGUGACCGUAAGCUUCAAACUGAAUUAGGAAGGAUUCUCUUUGUCUUGUAUCCGGUGAGAGCGAUUUGCCUCUCUUUGUGUGGAUUGAAAGUGGCGCAGGCAGAAAUGCCUUUUGUCCCACGUCAGAGAUUCAACAAAGUCAGAUGACUCCCAGCGUAUCUCAGCACCAGGAACAAUAGCAAGGAGAGUCUGUUGUGUUGCUGCUGAGCCCAGCAGGGCCUGUAACGCUCCCCAACCUGGGCCUGACAGUUAAGAGCAGCAAAACAGAUUAUUCACUGUGAACCCCAGAGGUGAUUCAAUUUUACUUAUGAAUAGUUCACUCAAACAAAAAUUGCUUAGCUGCCCUUAGACAAGUCUGUAUCAAACAAAUUCAAACAGCAUUUCUGCAUCAACAUCAUCAGUGGGUGAAACUGGUUAUAAAGACGUCUUUUGUAACGUCAUGGUCAGGUUGUAUUUACGGUAUUUGGUAUUUUAUUACGAUCCCCAAAGCAGCAGCUACUCUUCCUGGGAUCCACACAAAACAUGAAACAUGACAAAGUACAGAACAUUAAUAGACAAGAACAGCUCAACGACAGAACUACAUAAAUUGUAAUAGAACAUUUUUUACUUGUAAUCUGGUUACAGGUUAUUGGUAUUCAACACCCUACACAUACAUAUGCAUGUACUCAUAAAGGAUGCAGGUCUGAUUCUCCUCCAUUCCCCAUGAAAUCCCGUAGAUAAUGCAUGGUGAUAUAUGAAACAAUAACCGCAUGCCCAGUCAAGCUGACUGAUGGUUUAGGCAAGCGGGAGAGAAAUUAAUUGUGGGACAGCUCUGGAUUCCAUUCAGUGGGCAUUGACAAACAUCUCUAAUUUCCCUCUGCUGUGUCCCAUCCAGCUCCCACUAGAGCCAAAUCCACACACCCUCACACUAUCUUCUACAUUCCCACAUUACACUGAUCAGGACUAGUUAUCAGUCUAACUUGAUUUGCCCAGUUGGUUGGUCGUAAUGUGUUUUCUUCACAAAGUACAUAUUACUCCACAUAAACAUUUACAUUACAUUUACAUUUUAGUCAUUUAGCAGACGCUCUUAUCCAGAGCGACUUACAGUAGGUGAGUGCAUACAUUUUCAUACUGGCUCCCCCGUGGGAAACGAACCCACAACCCUGGCGUUGGAGUGUGAUCCACUCCAAACUGUCAAUGCAUAAAAUCAAAAUUGUGUGGACAUUGCAAGAAAAUAUUGUCAUUUCACAUAACCAUACCACAAGGUAACUACUCUACCUGCUUCAUUCAUGACAAGAAAACUAACGGAAACAAGCUAGCCAAUGUGCUAGUUAGCUAACUAGCUAAGUUAGUUAGCUAGAUAGCUUAUAUUAACCAGCAAUACAAAUAGUCCAGACUCGCUGAAUUAUUACAUUAUCAUGCCUGCCCUGUACCAUAUUCCCCAUGUCUCUGGGGGUAAUACUUGUAGUGCCAUAAACCAGCCUCCAAUUUCAUUUAUACUGAACAAAAUAUAAACGCAACAUAUAAAGCUUUCUUCCCAUGUUUCAUGAGCUGAAAUAAAAGAUCCCAGAAAUUUUCCAUAUGCACAAAAAGCUUUUUUCUCUCAAAUUGUGUGCACAAUUUUGUUUACAUCCUUGUUAGUGAGCAUUUCUCCUUUGCCAAGAUAAUCCAUCCACCUGACAGAUGUGGCAUAUCAAGAAGCUGAUUAAACAGCAUGAUCAUUACACCGGUGCAACUUGUGCUGGGGACAAUAAAAGGCCACUCUAAAAUGUGCAGUUUUGUCACACAACACAAUGCAACAGAUGUCUAAAGUUUUGAGGGAGCGUGCAAUUGGCAUGCUGACUGCAGGAAUGUCCACCAGAGCUGUUACCAGAGAACUGAAUGUUCAUUUCUCUACCAUAAACCGCCUCCAACGUCAUUUUAGAGAAUUUGGCAGUACAUCCAACUGGCCUCACAACAGCAGACCACGUGUAACCACGCCAGCACAGGACCUCCACAUCCAGCUUCUUCACCUGCGGGAUCGUCUGAGACCAGCCACCGGACAGCUGAUGAAACUGAGGAGUAUUUCUGUCUGUAAUAAAGCCCUUUUGUGGGGGAAUAUUCCGUCUGAUUGGCUGGUCCUUGCUCCCCAGUGGGUGGGCCUAGGCCCUCCUAGGCCCACCCAUGGCAGCACACCUGCCCAGUCAUGUGAAAUCCAUAGAUUAGGGCCUAAUUUAUUUAUUUCAACUGACUGAUUUCCUUAUAUGAACUGUAACUCAAUAAAAUCGUUGAAAUUGUUGCAUGUUGCGUUUAUAUUUUUGUUCAGUAUAUUAUACUGUCAGACCUACAUCCCCACAACACACACACAGGCAAACACACACACACACAGUUUUCUCUAGCUCCCACUAAAUGGAAAACGACAAGUAAUUUAAAGCAUGAGAGCGACUGGCUCACAUAGGGCACUGAACGCAACCCUCUCAUGUAGAUCCUCACUUCUGUUUCACUGUUGACAACAGCAGUUUCCCUUCAAGGUCUUUGUCCACUUGAGGCCCUGCAAAUACCAGAUGACUGGCCUCAUCAUACGACAUUACCUAGAGCAGCCUUGCUCUUGUUCAAGGCACAUAUAAAUAAAAGGAUUUAGAAGUGGAAAAGCACUGAGAUUUAACUGUGACCGGAGACGUUUCCUCAUACAACCUGGUCCGGGAAGUGCAGACUUUUCCCGUCACUUUCCAGUCAUCUGUAACAACUGAAUCAAAAUACUGUAAGAGGACCAACGGCGACAUGUAUUUCAGUAGAAAAUGGUCCUGUAUGGCUCAGUUGGUAAAGGAUGGCGCUUGCAAUGCCAGGAUUGUGGGUUUGAUUCCCAGGGCCACUCAUUCGAAAAACAUAUGCACACAUGACUAAGUCACUUUGGACAAAAGCUCCUGCUAAAUGGCAUAUAUAUUAUCCAAAGCAACAAAUCACUGAUGUUGAGCACUACCCAUGGUCCAUCACUGUUCACAACCACUUAGACGAGCGCAUACAUUCAUACUACACACAGUAUGGUGGUUUUGACCAUAUCACUCUUGGUUUUACAGGCUCAGAAACUGAAGUCCAACAUCUCAAUCGAUGGUGUGCUUUGCGUGGUAAGUGGAGAGCAUAGUUUGAUUAUCCUGAUUAACCUUGUUUGAGAAAAAAAUAUGAAUCUAACUUUAAGCCAUAACUAUCAACUAACAAUUCAUCAUGACUAAGGCCAUGAGGUUUUCCUGACCAUAUGACCUAACCAGAAAAAUGUGAGUGGGUCCUAGCUAAUCAGUCAUGAUCUAUGUAAAACUAUGUAUGAACAGUAGUGUAGAUUUUCAAUUAAGAGGAAAGACUAUGGUAAUUACUACUCAGACCCUAACCUCAUGACACAGACCCACAGAAAGAAGUCAAGGCGACCCCUUCUGUACACAUGCUCAUGGUCUUUGUAGUCUGCUGGGCUGAAAUGUGAGCAUUGCUUAUCUAGUGCUUUUCAAAGUUCAGUAAAUGUCAUUGUACAUAAUAAAGCAGCAUUAUUCCAUGGAGUGACAUUUAAGGAGGCAGUGGCAGGUCCAAACAGCCUGAGAAGAGAUGACCCCUUUUCAGCGCAGCAAUUCAUUAGCGCGUCAAAGAGCUUUUCAUCUCAUCUCCAAAGUAGCACAUGGAUAUGAUAGAGCCACCCUGGCAUUUUAGUUCUCAAAACAAAAUUAUUUUUUUAACUUUCCAGUCUAGUCUGCCAAUUUAAUCACACAUUUUGUGGUGUUAUUAAGACUUUCUUAUUUGAUUUGGAUUAUGUCACCGUUCUUUAAUUGAAAAUGUGUAGCCCCAAGAGAUCAUACAUUUACAUUUUAGUCAUUUAGCAGACGCUCUUAUCCAGAGCGACUUACAGUUAGCACAUACAUUAUUUUAUCGAACCCACAACCCUGGCGUUGCAAACGCCAUGCUCUACCAACUGAGCUACAUCCCCUGCCGGCCAUUCCCUCCCCUACCCUGGACGACGCUGGGCCAAUUGUGCGCCGCCCCAUGGGUCUCCCGGUCGCGGCCGGCUACGACAGAGCCUGGAUUCGAACCAGGAUCUCUAGUAGCACAGCUAGCACUGCGAUGCAGUGCCUUAGACCACUGCGCCAUGAAUGUGGACACUUUAAAUGCAGGUUUUAGAUGCAACCAGGGACAAACUGAUCAUUAUGAUUUGUCAAAUUGCUUCAAUUCUCUGUCUCUCCCUCCACAGGACCCACAGAUCAACGACCCCGGUAUAUCCAACUCCAUCUCCAGGAAUUCAGCCGGGCUGCCGUCAUGUCAGGCACACCUGUACUCACUGCUGCUCCUGCUGGCCGUGCUGCUACACUGCACUCUGGCGGCGCUCUACCCCGCGACAGUCUUGUAGCCAUGCUACCUUUCCAAAACAUGGACAGACUCAAUUUGUAUAAAGAAGAAAUUAUAUUCUCUGUUCCCAGUAUACAUGUUGUAUUUUUUUUUCCCUUCUCUCUGAUUCCUUUUUUAAUUCUAGUUUAAAGAAACAUUACGUUGAAGUGUGCUAAAGUGAUCUCAGUGUAACUCAGUUU